UGCUGAACCAGCUGGAGGAACUUCUGAGCGACAUGAAAGCAGAUGUGACACGACUGCCCAACAUGCUGUCCAGGAUCCCACCGGUGUCGGCGCGCCUGCAGAUGUCCGAGAGGAGCAUCCUGAGCCGCCUCACCAGCCGAGGCAGCGAGCCUCCGCCGCAGCAGCCUUUCAGCCAGGGUGCGUUCGGCUGCUCUCAGAUGUACGGCAGCAGCUUCGGCGGCGGCUUCCGAGGCCCGGGUGGACAGCCCCUGGUGAACUACAGUCAGAUGCCUCUGGGACCCUACGUCAGCGGUAAGGAUCAACAUCUGCAGUGGAUAACAG